AUGUCUGAGUUGUGUCCAGUGUACGCUCCGUUUUUCGGAGCGAUCGGGUGUGCUGCGGCCAUCAUCUUCUCGUCGUUCGGGGCUGCGUACGGAACAGCCAAGUCGGGCGUGGGUGUGUGUGCCACGUGUGUGUUGAGACCGGACCUGCUAUUCAAGAACAUCGUGCCGGUGGUCAUGGCCGGUAUCAUUGCCAUCUACGGUCUGGUGGUGUCGGUGCUGGUGUGCUACUCGCUGACCCAGAAGCAGGCCCUGUACACCGGGUUCAUCCAGCUGGGAGCCGGGUUGUCGGUGGGUCUUAGCGGUCUGGCUGCUGGGUUUGCCAUUGGUAUCGUGGGUGACGCCGGUGUCAGAGGUACUGCUCAGCAGCCCCGUUUGUUUGUCGGUAUGAUUUUGAUUUUGAUUUUCGCCGAAGUCUUGGGUCUGUACGGUCUGAUUGUGGCCUUGCUAUUGAACUCCAGAGCCACCCAGGACGUCACCUGCUAA